CGCUUUUAGCCAAGCGGAAGGGACUUGGAUCGAUCGUCGUUAAUGUCCUUCACAACAUCGAAGCCAGGAUAAACAACGAAACAACGGAGCUACUUAACAGAUUUCAUUAUUACCGAGCUAGUGAAGAUGUAAACCUAAUGUGUUUUAACAUAUUUUAGUAAAUUCUUGUGAAUUUUUUGCGCUUUAAUUUGGUGAGAGUGUCAAGAAAGUUGAAUCGUCAACAUCGAGAAUGGCUGAACAAACUACGAGAUCUUUCCUGUUAUUUUUGGUUCUCUUCAUCAAUUGCUACAAUGCCGAGAUAUAUCAGUCGGUCCAGUGGACUCCAAAUAACCCUUUGUUUGAAAAAGGCACCUGCUGUGAUAACCGUGUUCCAGAGAUCCGUGUUCUCCAGCAAUCGGCCCUUCCAAUUAUUUGCCCUAAUCUGAACAUUGUCAUGAAAACCCUGCCAGGUUUACCAGACAAAUCUACACUUUACACCAAUAUCUGGAUCAUCUUUGAUGAUCAAAGCUUUGAGACCUGCAAUGUUAACAAGUCAAUAAUUUUCAAGACACACUGGAAGAAUGAUAUUUUGAAAAGGUGUGACACUCCACUUGAACUCAAAGAGUACACUCUCAAGUUUCGGACAAGCAGUGCUAUUAUUGAGAACAUUGAAUUUGAUAAAGAGAAGUACUAUGGGAUCAUGGCCACAACUGAUGGUACAAAGGACUCCAUCAAUAACACAGUAGGUGGUUCUCACUGCACAGGGAGUGAUGGAGUCAGGCUCAAGUUCAAGUUCUAUCUCUGUGGAGAUAAUGAUAUAAAGUGCAAAUCAGAUGUUGGAGAGUUAAAAUGUCCGGACAAAUUUGAAAAUGCUACAAAGUGUUCAUCAGAUUCCACAACUACUGCACCACCGCCAGCCCCCACUUCCUCCUCAGCCACAUCCGGCAACACUUCAACAACUAUCUCUGACACCACAGCAACACCUACCUCAAGCAGAACAACGCAAAUACCAGGCCAGACACAAGGACGUGUUGCCCUUCCGGAAUUUGAUGCCUGGAAGAUGUCUGCAAUUUUCUUCGUGUGUAUGUGGGUACUGACAAUGGUAAUCCUCAUCUAUACCUGUUACAGGUACAAAACUGGAAGACACCGUUGUUGCAGUGAUUUGAACAAAGUCACCAACAGUGACCUGACAAUCAAUACCAAUCAAUCAACGUUGCCAAGGGAGCCGAUGAAUGAGGGAUAUGAUAACCCGACUUUUAGUGAUUACCCUGACGGAAGUCCGAGCCCUAAAGACGUCAGCCCGGAAAGCGGAGUGUCUCUAGACGGAUCAAACGGACCCGCCCUUAAUGGCUCCCCUGGCGGUAGGCUACAAGGCGUCAAAAGUGAGGGCGCAGUGGUGAUUAGCAAUAAAGCAGCUAACGGGAGUUUGAGGCAUAACAAACCGGCCCUGCCGAAUAUAAUGACCGAUGACGAAAAGAUCAAGAAUUUGCGAAAUAGCGAAAAGAGCGGGAAAAAGAAGAAGGGCCCUCAGAAAAAGAGUGACGAUUUAAUCAUGGGUAAGAUUGCGGUGGACAAUAUCGGACAGGAUAAAAUAACACCGGACAGACUGGUAUAGGUAUGCGAUAGGAUUACUAGAAGACCCCCGGAUUAGGGGGCUAGGGGAGUCGAUAGGCAUUGUCUAUUACUUAUCUAUCAAGGAAACGUUCUGUAAAUAGCAAUGAGAAAUAGAAAGAUUUUUUUUAUAUGUAUUGUUGACACCACAUGUACACUACUUGCCAAAUGAUAUCUGUUUAGGUUCUGCAUACCCACGUCUAGUAUUUACAUACAAAAACAAACUCAAUCAAAGCCCUCGAAGUUUUCAUUGGCCGACGCCUAAGCAAAUCUCGCCAUUGUACCGCCUAUACCAGAAGACAAAUAGCGGGAGCCUCAAAGCGUUCCGGCAGUUGCGUGUUGUUAGCGCGAGAAAGCAUAAUAUUGAAAGUCACAGUAAAUCAACAGUGAUAUAGUGGUUUAAUACGUAUGAAGUGUCUGGUUGAUUCACCGAAAGCUUUCAAGAACUCCAGUCAGGCACACCUUUAUUAUUGAUUGUAUCAAAUUAGUAUUGGAAGACAAAUCAUGUGAAAACAAUCUCUAAUAACCAUAUACAGGACAGGUGUUAUACUUUUACUAAAUCCAAUCGAAGAUAUCGCAAAAUAAAUGGAAAUAGAUGUUUUUGCUCACAUUCACAUGUAUUGAUGACAAAAUGGCGGUUAACAGAGACUCUUUGAAAUGUUAAACUAUAGAAAAUGCACGUUAUUUGUUAUGUCUAAGAAGACAAAAGUUUGUUAAUCCAGAAAGUCCUUGGAUGUAAUUAAGGCUCUGGAUCCGACUUGUGUUUUGUUUCCUUGGAUUCAUUUUAUUGACUUUAUUUUUGAAGUAUCAUUAUUCGUCGAUUAUUAUGGCUCAGCAAUAGAAUAGAUUGAAUUUCACAGUAAUUCGGUUGGAUUAUUUUGCUUCUGAUAUUUUUUGCGAUGAUAAAAGAUUCUUCACGCGAGUCGGAACCCAAGUCUUAAAGCGAACGGCAUGUUGAGUUAACAAAGAAAUUGUAAAACGAUCUAAAUAGAAAACAAUGCAAAUAGAAAACACUUUGUAAAGAUGAACAAUUUAAAUAUAAAACAAUGCAAUUAAAAACACUUUGUUAA